UCAGAAACAAACAAACAAACAAAAACACAGGAUCUCCCAAAAACCCGUCUCUACAAUACAUCGUCAUUAGGUAGCUCUCACUAUUCUCAUUUUCCCAGUUUGGUUUUCGUCUUUUAUCUUAUCAUCUUCCCACUUACAAAAAAAAAUCUACCCAGCAAUGGCUUCGAUGAUGCUGAAUCUCGGAGCAAAUCCUACUUCCACUUCACUGCCAAAAACAUUUAUUGGUGCCAAAGUAAAUCCAGUCAUCAAGACUCAGUCAUUCGGACGUGUGAGCAUGUCUGUUGCAGUCAAAGCUUCUCGUUUUGAGGGAGUGACAAUGGCUCCUCCAGAUCCAAUUCUUGGAGUAUCUGAAGCAUUUAAAGCAGAUACUGAUGCCAAGAAGCUCAAUCUUGGUGUUGGGGCUUAUAGAACAGAAGAGCUUCAACCUAAAGUACUUGAUGUUGUAAAGAAGGCAGAGAAUCUUAUGUUGGAGAGAGGAGAAAACAAAGAGUAUCUUCCAAUUGAAGGUUUGGCUGCUUUCAAUAAGGCAACUGCGGAGUUGUUGUUGGGAGCUGACAAUCCUAUUCUUCAGCAAGGAAGAGUUGCUACUAUUCAAGGUCUUUCCGGGACUGGCUCUCUUCGUCUUGCUGGAGCAUUUAUCGAAAGAUACUUUCCUGGCGCAAAAGUUUUGAUAUCAUCUCCAACUUGGGGCAAUCAUAAGAAUAUUUUCAACGAUUCAAGAGUUCCUUGGUCUGAGUAUCGAUACUACGAUCCUAAAACUGUUGGCUUAGAUUUUGACGGGAUGAUUGCAGACAUUAAGGCUGCACCAGAGGGCACCUUCGUGUUGCUUCAUGGUUGUGCUCACAACCCAACUGGCAUUGACCCAACUGCUGAACAGUGGGAGAAAAUUGCUGAUGUCAUUCAAGAAAAGAACCACAUCCCUUUCUUCGAUGUUGCUUACCAGGGAUUUGCCAGCGGAAGCCUUGAUCAAGAUGCUUCAUCUGUGAGGUUGUUUGCUGCACGUGGUAUGGAGGUUUUUGUUGCUCAAUCAUAUAGUAAAAAUCUAGGGUUGUAUGCUGAGAGAGUCGGAGCUAUUAAUGUUAUCUGUUCAUCAUCAGAUGUGGCAACAAGGGUAAAGAGCCAGCUGAAAAGGAUUGCUAGACCAAUGUACUCAAACCCACCUGUUCAUGGGGCAAGAAUUGUUGCCAAUGUUGUUGGGGACCCUACUCUAUUCAAUGAGUGGAAAGUGGAGAUGGAAGCAAUGGCUGGACGGAUUAAAGGUGUGAGACAAAAACUGUAUGAUAGUCUCUCAGCUAAAGACAAAAGCGGGAAGGAUUGGUCUUUUAUCCUUAAGCAGAUUGGCAUGUUUUCUUUUACUGGUCUGAACAAAGCGCAGAGUGACAACAUGACUGAUAAAUGGCAUAUUUACAUGACCAAGGAUGGAAGGAUAUCCUUGGCCGGAUUAUCUCUGGCUAAAUGUGAAUAUCUUGCAGAUGCCAUCAUCGAUUCGUUCUACAACGUCAGUUAAACGAGUAUAGAUCCUUAGCACUACAAUUUAUUGGCUAUACAUGAACUCUAGUUUAUUUUUUGUAAUGGUUUCCAUACCAUUGAAAUUUCCGGGAACCCCAUUAUCAUCAUAUGGAGUUGAUCACCUUAUGGAUGUCUUGAGAUGUAACUUAUUGUCACAUUAUUUAGAAAUUCAUUAUUUCAGGUCUUAGAAAAAUGGAUUGACUAAUAUAUUGGCAUGGGAAUAAAUACGUUUAUAGAUUCUGUUGA